AGUUUUCUUGACUGGAGCUGGAGGUUCAACCACCACCUACCUUUUCUUUCUUGCCAACAAACCAUUUUAAUGUCGCAUGAUUUCAUUUAUGUGUUUACCCUCUUCCAUUUUCACCCCUCACUGGCUCCCUCUCCCUGUGUUUUAAGCCCUUCGAAUUCUCUCUCACUAUCGUUCUCCACAGAUGGAUAGUCAGAUAGAUAGAUAGAUCGACCAAAUUAAGAGGGGUCCAAGAAGCUGCCCUUUGUGCUGCUUCUGCAUUGUGGGUUUCUUAUUUCCAUGACCCAUUUGCAUAAACCCUAGAAAAGAGCAAUCCCCAAGUCGGUUUUGAUCCUUUUGCAGAAAACCCACAAGAAAGUUUCCCCAUGUUUUCUUCUUUCUGGGUUUCCCUUAAAGGUUGUGUCCUCAUUGUUAGUUUAUAAGAGAGAAAGAGAGAGAGAGAGAACAAAGAGGGGGCGAAGGUAACGAGUUACAAACGCGAAAAGCUAUGGAUGUCCUGGCAACGUCCUUGUGAAUCUCGCCCUCUCUUGGUUUCCCACUCUCUCAGCUUAAAUCUUCAGAGUUUAAUUUGGACUCCAAUGGAAGUGAUGGCGAGCUCGAGAUCGGUUCUGGCCUUGACGGGCCGAGUGAUCAACGAGGUUUUGAGCUUCAUUGUGUUCUCUCUUCUCGACCUCGUCGAUAUUCUGCUCUGCUACGCCUACAAAGCCGCCGAUUUCCUGAUCGAGGCCGAGUGGAGGCCUUGCUACUGCUCGUCGGCGAAAGAGCCCAUCACCAGCAGCGGCAAGAUCUUGGUGUCGGAGCAAGGCGAGCCGAAGAUCGUUUGCCUCACCAACUCCAGCAAGCUGCAGCUUGAGGAGAUCUCCGACACGCUCUACACUCGGCCUUCUCUGGUCUCCGAGGUGAAAUCCACCGUUCACGAGCUUAAACGCCAGAAGCUGGAAGGCUCCGCCGCGGCCGCCGUUCAUGGCUCCGAGAAGACCAAGAGAGGCUCGCUUCGAUCCGCAUUCACCAUUAACUCCACCAUCGUCGAAAUGCUGCAAGGCAAGAUCGGCGGCCGCCAAUCUCACCCCAUUCCUAGAUGGUCCGAUUGUGACUGCAAAACUUGCACUUCUUGGACCUCCUCUUCCAAAGAAACUCUCUUUGUCCAUGCUGAUGGAGCCAAGGAUAACAUGAGAGAAGAUGUGCUGUUCAUUCAUGGGUUUAUCUCAUCAUCGGCAUUUUGGACUGAGACAUUGUUUCCGAACUUCUCCUCCUCUGCAAAAUCAACGUAUCGGCUAUUCGCGGUGGAUCUUCUUGGAUUCGGGCGAAGUCCCAAGCCAACUGACUCGCUGUACACGCUACGGGAGCACGUUGACAUGAUCGAACGCUCGGUUCUUGAGCCGUACUCGGUCAAGUCAUUCCACAUAGUGGCACAUUCACUCGGCUGCAUCCUCGCCCUCGCCCUUGCAGUUAAACACCCCAAAUCAGUCAAGUCCCUAACCUUACUUGCUCCACCAUAUUUUCGGGUGCCAAAGGGUGAGCAAGCCACACAGUACUUGAUGAGGAAGCUGGCUCCAAGAAGGGUGUGGCCACUGAUCGCCUUUGGGGCGUCAAUAGCUUGCUGGUAUGAGCAUCUAAGCCGGACGGUUUGCCUCCUAAUUUGCAAAAACCACCGCCUCUGGGAGUUUCUCACCAAACUGGUGACCCGAAACAGGAUAAGGACGUUCCUGAUAGAAGGUUUCUGUUGCCACACCCACAACGCCGCGUGGCACACCCUCCACAACAUCAUCUGUGGAACCGCCGGGAAAAUCGACGGUUACUUGGACAAAGUGAAGAACCAUCUCAAGUGCAGCGUUACCAUAAUCCAUGGACGAGACGAUGAACUGAUCCCGGUGGAAUGCAGCUACAACGUGCAAUCUAGGAUUCCCCGAGCCAACGUUAAAGUUUUCGAGAACAAAGAUCACAUCACCAUUGUUGUCGGGCGGCAGAAGGCCUUCGCCAGAGAGCUCGAACAAAUCUGGAAGAAUUCUGCCGCCGGCGGCAAAUAACGCUUGCCUAUAUUAUAUAUAUAUAUAUACAUACAUAUAUACCUCGAUCGACCUCUCUAAUGCUGCUGCCCGCUCGCUCCAUCAACUAGGAGCUUAUAUAUUAUAUAUAUAUAUAUAUAUGGGUCAGAUGGCCAGGGAUAUUUGGCUUGUUUUUCUCUUUCUUUUCUUUGAUAUGAUGAUCAAGUGUGGAGGCUUAGUUAGCUUUAAUUUGUGAAAUAUUACGUGUCCAUUAUUA